AUGACUAAGAUUGACGUUUCCAACAAGUCGGGCGAGCAGAAAUGGUGGAAGGAGGCUAUUGUGUAUCAGAUUUAUCCUUCCUCUUUCUUGGAUACUGAUGGAGACGGAGUUGGGAACAUCAAUGGUAUCAUUGCCAAACUGGACUAUCUUAAAGAGUUAGGCGUGGACAUCCUCUGGCUUUCACCGAUCUAUAAAAGCCCUAAUGAAGAUAUGGGAUACGACAUCUCGGACUAUCGCGAUAUCCAUGAACAGUACGGUACUAUGGAUGAUGUUGAUAAUUUGAUUACCGAGCUCAAAAACCGUGAUAUGAAGCUCGUGAUGGAUUUGGUUGUUAAUCACACUUCCCACAAGCACCCCUGGUUCAUUGACUCGUCUUCUUCCAAGAAUAGUGAGCAUAGAGACUGGUACCACUGGCGAAAGCCAAAGUACGACGCCGAUGGCGUUCGUCAACCACCAAACAAUUGGUUCAGUCUCUUUGACGAAUACGAGUCAGCCUGGACAUACGAUGAACAGACGGAUGAGUAUUACCUCUCCCUCUUUAGUCCAUUCCAGCCCGACUUGAACUGGGAUACCCCCGCCGUCCGGAGCGAGGUUCAUGAUAUCCUGCGCUUCUGGCUCGACAAGGGAGUUUCUGGUUUCCGAAUGGACGUCAUCAAUCUCAUUGCCAAGGAUCCCAGUUUCCCUGAUGCAGACAUCGUUUUCCCAGACAGAAAGUAUCAGCCGGGUGAGAAACACUUUGCCAAUGGAACCCAUCUCCUAGAUUAUCUCCAAGACAUGAAGACGGAGGUCUUUGAUCAUUAUGAUACUUUGACAGUUGGUGAGAUGCCGUUCCUUGAUGACGAAAACGAGCGUCUUAAGAUGGUUGAAGCUGAAGAGGGUGUCGUGAACAUGAUAUUCACAUUUGAGAUGAUUGGUCUUGAUAUUGUCCCUGAAAAGGGUCGCUUCAGCAAUAAGUCGUGGUGUGUUUCUGACCUGCGAGACAUCAUGGCCAAAUCUUGCAGAAUCGUGACAAAGGAUGGAUGGAGCACGUUGUUCUGUGAGAAUCACGACCAGCCUCGCUCCGUCACGCGUUUCUGCGAUGAUUCGGAUGAGCAUCGCGUGACAGGUACCAAAUUACUGUCUAUCAUGCAAACAAGUCUUCCUGGAACCUUGUAUCUGUACCAGGGAGAAGAGCUGGGCAUGCGAAACGUACCCUUGUCUUGGGGACCGGAGGAGUACAAAGACAUUGAAUCAGUCAAGUAUUGGAACAAUGUUUGCUCCAAAUACAAACAAGGGUCUCCUGAGAUGAAAGAAGCAAAGUAUUAUCUGAACCUCAAAGCGCGUGACAAUGCCAGGACCCCAAUGCAAUGGAACUCAACAGCCAACGGAGGCUUUUGUCCAGCGGGAGUCAAACCCUGGAUGCGCGUCAACGAUGACUAUCCCACAGUCAACGCAGAGCUCCAGACAUCCGCAGGCAAGGCGAACAAGCGAUCGAUGCUCGUAUCUCCCUACAGGUUCUGGCAGGCGGCCAUUGCGCUACGCAAGAAGCACACCGAUCUGUUCGUCUACGGAGACUUUGUCAUUGAGAACAUCACGCAGCCCAACGUUUUUGCGUUUAGGCGAGUGAGCGAGACGUGUCAUUCCAUCACGAUUGUGAACUUUAGCAAGGAGGAGACGACGUUUACUUUUGACGAGGGUCAAGGUGUGAAGGAGUGGGCUUUGGGAAGUUAUGAUAAUUUAUCUUUGGAGAAGGAGAGGUCUGGAACUAUCAAGCUACUUCCUUGGGAGGCUCUCAUUGGUGUAGUGGGUAAGGAUGCUUAG